AUGGGACAAAAUCUGACAAACACCUCAAUUGAUUGUGAUUCUCUGUUACCAAACUAUGAAGCCGAACCACAGUCAUCUGCACCACCAUAUAUUAUUGCUGUAUCUUUUGAUAACUUUGAGCCAGGAAAUGAAAUCAAAGUGACUCUAGAAGCACUUCAGGGUGUUGGUUUUAAAGGAUUUAAUCUACAAGCUCGAGAAAUAGAUGGAGAUGUUCCUGUUGGUACUUUUAAAAUUACAGAUCCAAACACUAAAGCCUUGGAAUGUCAUAACAUGACGAAUUCAGCAGUAAGUCAAGCAAAUUCAGAUGUGAAACAGAAAGUUACAACAACAUGGAUUGCUCCACAUGAUGUUAAAGAUCUUCAAUUUAUUGCAACUGUUGUUCAAGAUUUGGAGAAAUUUUGGGUUGGAAUUCAAAGCAAAACUCUCACACCUACACAUUCUCCAUCAGUCAAUGGGACAGGAAAAAGUAAAAGGAAGCUUAUGAUAGAACUAGAAUGUAACAAGCGUGGAGGGACUUACACAACACAAGGCCGAUGCAUCAUGGUUGGACCUUCUGGUUCCUCUCAGAACAGCUAUUCGGGCAGUCAGAGUGGAGUAGUUUAUACAAUAAGCCGGAAUGGAUGUGGCCCUGGAGGUGCUGCUGAUGCAUAUAGCCAAAACGCCUGUAAAGAUAGUGCAUCCUCAUCCAGCAGUGGCCUUAUUUAUGGCAAGUCUGUCCCUUCAGGCAGUUCAGAUUCCAGUAAGAAGGUAGUGGUCAUUGCCAACAGCAACCCUUUUCCACCUGUGCGUCAUACCUACCCCCAGAGUUUGGGAAGUUCUGCUACUAGGAUCAUAAUACAGAGUGGACAAAGACAGCAAAGCAGCAGCAGUACCUCUGUUCAGGUAAGUAAACUUAAAGGACUAGAGAUAUUCCUGUAGACUUCACUAAAAC